AUGUGCUUCACUCUCGUUUUCACCGUUUUUGGCCUCAUCACCGCUGCCGCUUCGGUGCAGGGCGCUCACUGGGCUAUCUGCACGAACAACACUAACGGCACUGGUGGGACCAACGUUAAGGUCACCAGGGACUGCUGUGCUUCCGCCAGAGAGCAUGGCUCUACUGCUUUCAAUGAGAACCAAAAGGAGUGUGAAGAUGCACUCCGCCUCGAUAAUGGCAUCAACUUUGGCAGAUUCGUUCAGUGCUGUGGCAGUCGUGGUGCUGGCAGAGAAGGCAAGUAG